AUGGAAGCUACAAGAUUUGAGUUAACUCAGUCUGAUCUUUUACUCAUUCCUCAUCACUACAUCCAAAAGGGACUUCUCUUCCCAAAACCAUCUCAUCAAUCUCAGCCCUUCAUUCAAUGGAUCCAACUCUUGGAAACCGCUUUCUUCAAAGCACUCGAUAUUUUCUAUCCUCUAGCGGGUCGCCUAGUGAUGACCCAAAACGACGACAUUCAACUUACUAAAUCUUUCUUCAUAGACUGCAAUGGCGCUGGCGGUGCUUUCUUUGACCACGUCACCUUUCACGACGUUACAAUUGCCGAUAUUCUCGAUCCGCUCUACAUCCCAAACGACGUCGUUUACUCUUUCUUUCCCUUGAACUUGGUUUGUAACUUCCAAGGAGUUUCGAAACCAUUGCUGGCGACUCAAGUAACAGAGUUAGUUGACGGCGUUUUCAUUGGUCUCUCAGCGAAUCAUUGCGUUGCGGAUGGGACUAUGUUUUGGCUUUUCUUCAACACGUGGUCUCAAAUCUGUCGCCAAAACGGCGUCGUUUCAGACCCUCCACACCCAGUUUUUGAUCGUCACCAAUUCUUUAAAGGUAUCAACCCAUAUCUUCUUCCACUUAGAAUACCUUUUGAUCCAGAUCAAAAUACAAAUAACACUAACUCAACACCAAUCUCAUUGAAGCAAAGAAUGUUUCGCUUUUCAAAAGAAAUCAUAGCCAAACUCAAAGCUAAAGCCAACACUGAGAUAGUCCAUUUGUCACCCACAAAACCCAUUAAUAAUAUAUCCUCUCUUCAAGCGGUGAUGGCUCACCUUUGGGUAUCCAUAACCCGAAACCGAAGUUACCUGAAAUCCGAAGACAAAGUGAAGUACAUUGUCAUAGUGGGUCUCAGGCAAAGAAUGGAGCCGCCAUUAUCAGAAGCGUAUUGUGGCAAUGCGGUGAUGUUUGGGAAUGUGGAGACCACAACAGGAAAGCUUUUGGGUAAGAAUGGAUUGGGCUGGGCCGCAUUGGAAAUGAAUAAGAUGGUCGUUUCGCAUACCUCGAAGAAGGUCCAAGAGUACUUAAAGAAUUGGGUAGAAAGCCCAAACGAAAUAAAAAUAAAGAAAGAGUUAGGGUGUGAACUAUUGACCGGUAGUUCACCACGGUUCAAUGUUUAUGAGAAUGAUUUUGGUUGGGGAAGACCAGUUACUGUGAGAAGUGGUCCAGGGAACAAAUAUGAUGGGAAGUUGACUGUUUUUCCUGGGUCUGAACAGGGAAGCAUUGACUUUGAGGUUUGUCUUCGAGCUCAGACACUUGAAUCUAUGUCAGUAGAUAAACAGUUCAUGGAGACUGUAACCAUAUGA